AUUAUUUCCACUCUUACACCAAUGGACUACACCCACAUUUGAUUCCGAGAACCCAUGGGCCGUGGCCGUGGAAGUCUAGCUCGGUUGGUCCUGUAAGAGUGUCUUCUUUCGCUUUUUCUUUGCUUUUUUUUUUCGAUUUGGGUGGAGAAGCUCCAGUGGAAAAUUGGUUCAUGAACAGCUCAUCCUUGAGUUCAAAGGAAAAACAGGGAACACAAAAACCCCAAAAUAAAAAACAAGAAGCCCAGAGCCGAAAUAAAUGAGCCCACAAAGAAAAAGAGUACUGAAUGGGGAAGAGAAGCUUUAAACUCUCAUAGACUGAGCCCAUGCUUAAGGGCCUAUACCCCAUAAUGUGAUGAUGAAUCAAAACCAAGUUCUCUUCUUCUCUUCCCAGCUAAACUCAGCCGACUUCCCCUCGUUCUUUCUCAGUUCCACCAUUUUCUCCGACAAUAGGUACUUCUCUGGAGAUACAGUUCCCCUAUGUUCCUGUUUGGGAAACGUGUCCGCAUCCGAUACGGACACGAUACCGUUCUGCAGCUCCGGGGCCGCUUGCUACUGCUUCAUAACACAAGAUAGUUUAGCGUUUUUGUUUUCCUUUUCUCCUUCCUUCAAAUUUCCUAGCAUCCCAAAUUUACUAAAUGCAAUUGUAUCCCAAAUAUUCAACUUUCUGUUCAAGCUUUCCAUGCCUUUUUGUUUUUCUCCUGCAGUUACUUAUUCAUGCAGAAUUUGCAGAAGUUUUCGUUUUUUUGAGAGUUUUGCUACUUCCUGUGCUCUAAAGACAGUGGAUUUCUUUGAACAAGCCGAUACCCAUGUUGCCAAUUACUCAGAAUUGCAGGGCAGGAUGCAGAGUUAUGCUAUCUCAGGUGACUUUAGCAAUGCUCUUUAUACUCUGAGUUUGAUGAAAAACAUUCAUGGAAAACCAACUGUAUAUGAUUGUAAUGCUUUGAUGUAUUGUUACUUGAAGUCGAAAAACGUGUGUUGGAAAGAGUUAGUUGAAAUGUACAUUGGGAUGAAGAGCUUUGGGCCUCAACCAAAUGCAUCCACUUUUAAUACCCUCCUUCAAGGAAUGCUACGUCUUGGUAAUUUGAAAGAUGCAAUUUUUAUUGUUGAAGAGAUGUGUAGGAAUCAUUUUGUGCCAUCAUUCAGUUCUUUAUCCAAAACCUUGAAAAAGGCGGUCGCAGGAGGGAACUCACUUGAUUGUCUUACUGUUUUUGAGCUUAUGCUGAGGUAUGAUUAUCACCCAUCUGAACCAACCUUGAAUAGAUUUAUUUCAAUGCUUUGUGAAGCCAGGAUGAUUUCCGAGGCUUGUUUUGUUUUCUCUGUUCUUUUGAGGAAGGGUUAUGUUUUUAGUGUCUACUGUUACAAUCCCAUUCUAUGGGCUUUAUGCAAGUGUGGUCGAAGUUAUAUUGCUUUGCAACUGUUUUAUUUGAUGAAGAAGAGAGGUUUUGUUCAUAAUGUAUGUUCAUAUACUGCUUUGAUUUAUGGGUUUAGCAGAGAAGGUCUGCAGGAAGAUGUUUUUCAGUGUCUAGAUUUUAUGCGAAGUGAUGGUUGUAAGCCUAAUGUGAUUACAUACACGAUAAUUAUUAAGUUUCUUUUUGACAAUGGGAAGUUUGAGCGGGCUAUGGACUUUGUGAAUAAGAUGGAAGCGCAAGGAUGUGAUGCUGAUCUAGUUACUUAUAAUGUUGUUCUCCGUGAACUUUGCCAUAGAGGUAGAGUGGCUGACAUUUCUGAGUUCAUUCAGGUGAUGAAUCGAAAUGGUCUUUCUCCUGAUUCAUACUCAUAUGCCGCUCUAGGUGGAGGCCUACUAAAAAUAGGAAAAGUAGGGAUUGCAUGCGACCUAUUGCUUGAUGUAAUUUCAAAGGGCUGUACUUUGGAUGCUGUUGUUUAUAAUAUCUACUUCCAAUGUUUAUGUCAAGAGAAUAGAUCAAGAGAAGCAUUAUCUCUGUUGAGAAGCAUGAUGGAAGCAGGCUUUAAGCCAAACAAUGUGUCAUAUAACACAAUCUUGAGUGGCUUUUGUAGAGAAAGAAAUAUUAAUGAGGCUUUGGAGCUCUUGGACCAUUUUGAGUGGGAUGCAAAUGGACCUGAUGUGGUUUCUUUCAAUACAAUUUUGUCUACUGCAUGCAGACUGGGAAACUCUGCAAUAAUCCAAAGUAUCUUGUGUCGCAUGGAAUAUGAACACAUUAAGCUCGAUGUUUUUAGUUUGACUUGUUUGAUCCAAUAUUUCUGCACAAUUGGAAAAUUUUCAGAGUGUUUGAAAUUGUUGGACUCCAUAAUGCAUAAUGAUCCUAGUCCAAUUGUAGUUCCUUUCAAUAUUUUAUUACAUAACCUUUGCAAGAGCCGAUUACUUGGAACUGCAUACUGGAUUUUCAAGAACUUAAGAAACACCGAGUUCCUUCCUGACGUGACUUCAUACAACAUUCUUAUCCAUGCUUCCAUAAGAGAACGCAAUCACCUUUUGGUUGGUCAAUUGUUAAGGGAAAUGAAUAGACAGAAACUGAAACCUGAUGCUUUUAUCUAUGGUUCAUUAAUUAGUGGCCUCUGUAAGGAAGGGAAGAUUUCAGGUGCUCUCCAGCUAUGGAAUCAAAUGCUAGAGAGUGGGCUCAUUCCUAGUGUUGUAAUUUACAAUAUGAUAUUGCAGGCAAUGUUUCGGAGAGGCAACUUUGGGGACAUUCUAUCAUUACUGAAAAUCAUGGUAGUGGAGGGGUUUCAACCUGAUGAGGUAACUCUAGGGAUCCUUAACAAAGCAGUUUCAAAUGGUUCGAUGAAGAGAUUUCCUAAAGUUGAUAAAAUUCUGGAGUGGCAUUUAAUCAUUGCUGGAAAGGCUCAGCUUCAAAACCAUACGUGCAACUCUCACUGCGUAUGGCUCCCACAAAGACUCCUAAAUCCAUCCCAAGCCCAAAUACUUAAAGGUAAGCUGGAAUUUCAUCCAAGGUAUGGCAAAGUGUACAUGUGGAACGCUUGUGUCUGACUUGUGAUUGGACUAGAACAGUCUGGUACAAGGGAUGUUUGGGUCUUAGAAUCAUAAAGAAUAUUUUUAUAAGAUUUGAGAAAUUGGCUGCUGUCAAUUUUUUUGUCAGGUGGAUAUUUCUAUGGCCAUUAAAAUUUGGAUAGUCUACACAUGUUGGUAUAUUUGGAGGAGCUGUUGUGAAGUUAGGUUGGGAAUAAGGGGCUAGAUGUUCAGUCAAUGAUCACCAGAAUUAAAAUGGCAGUAGGGGAAGUGAUUGCACUUGAAGAAGGCUCUGAAGUCCAAAAAGGUAACUGUUGGUAAUCCUGAUUCCCUGGAUCAUUGGUCCGCCAAAAUCCUGCUUAAAUUAAAUUCGACUGUGAUGGUGCAUUUGAUGAGAAAUCUGGGAAGGCUGCCAUUGGUGUUAUAGCUCAACAGUCAAGGCCAAAAGUGAUAGCAGAGAGUAAAGCGAUAAAAGUUAAUGAUGCUUUGACAGCAGAAGCUCUGUCUCUGAAGGUGCCUUAUCGGCUAGCUGGGAAUGCUUUAGAAGGGUUGCGGUUGACUGAGCUUUUGCAGUUACUGUUGCUGACAUAGAAAGGAAGGCUAAACCACAGAACUGGAAGAUUGCCCCAAUUAUUUCAGAGUUGAGCAAGCUAAGUUAGUUUACCAUAAUGCGUUAGUCUAAUCAGGCUGCUGAUUGAGUUGCUAGGCAGUCUGAAAAAGGGAUGUGCCCAAAAGGUUGCUAAGCAGUUGAAACAGGGGAUACGGCUCAAUAGAACCCUCAUUUGGAGUAAAGACGGUCUUCGUCAUGACUUGUUCCUGGCUGACUGUCACGAGUUUCUUUGGCAUUCUCUUCAUGGCUUCAG